AUGUCGUCUCUUCAAGAUCUUAUACCUGUGGUUAACAAACUUCAAGAUAUCAUCACCACUACUCAAUUGGCCGAUAUUGAUUUACCAAUCUUGGCCGUUGUUGGCUCUCAAUCUUGUGGAAAAUCUUCUGUUUUGGAAAAUAUCGUUGGCAAGGAUUUUUUACCUAGAGGUACUGGGAUUGUUACUAGAAGACCUUUGGUUUUACAGUUGAUUAAUAUUAGUGAUGAAGAGAAUGAUUCAAAUACUACUGAUUUCUAUUCUACCCUGGCCCCUGUUUCCGAUGAAGAUGGCAGUCACCAUCACCGCGGCUAUGAUCGUCAGCAUCCCCAAAUCCCCAAUGGUCAUUUCAGUUAUUCCACUGAUGAUGUUGGAUCCGUCAAUUUGGAAGAUCAUAUUCGCAAUAUGAGUAACGGCAAAACCACCAGAUCAUCGCGCGAAUGGGGGGAAUUUCUUCAUGUUCCAAAUAAGCGAUUUUAUGAUUUUCAUGAUAUUAGACGAGAAAUUGAACAUGAAACAAUGAGAAUUGCUGGACAAAAUAAAGGCAUUUCCAGACUUCCUAUCAACCUCAAGAUUUAUUCUCCCAAUGUUUUAAACUUAACUUUAGUUGAUUUGCCUGGUUUGACUAAAAUCCCAAUUGGUGAUCAACCAACUGACAUUGAAAAACAAACGAGAAAUUUGAUUUUAGAAUACAUCUCAAACCCAAAUUGUAUCAUAUUGGCCGUGUCUCCUGCAAAUGUUGAUUUGGUUAAUUCGGAAUCUUUGAAGUUAGCGCGUCAAGUUGAUCCAAUGGGUAAACGAACCGUAGGUAUUUUAACUAAAUUGGAUUUGAUGGAUCAAGGAACAAAUGCUUUGGAUAUUUUAAAGGGUAACGUGUAUCCGUUGAAAUUGGGAUUUAUUGGAAUUGUUAACAGAUCUCAACAAGAUAUCCUGGAAAACAAACCUUUGGAUGAAUCCUUGAAUGCAGAACAACGAUUCUUUUUGAAUCAUCCUGCUUACAAGGCCAUGGCUAGCAAAUGUGGUACCAAAUAUUUAUCAGUUACUUUAAACAAAAUCUUAAUGGCCCAUAUCAGAGAAAGAUUACCUGACAUUAAAGCUAAAUUAAACACUUUAAGAGGACAGACUGAACAAGAAUUGGCGUCUUAUGGCGACGAAUUUUCUGAAGGUGAAGGUGAAGCUCGUGGUGCUAAAGUAUUGACUUUAAUGACCAAAUUUGCACAAGCUUUUAUAAGCUCAAUCGAAGGAACUGCAUCUUCUGCUGCGUUUAAUGAUGUAUCAACCAAAGAAUUAUGCGGUGGUGCUAGAAUCUAUUAUAUUUACAAUGAAAUUUUUGGAUCUCAAUUAGCGUCUAUCAACCCAACUCACAAUUUAUCAAUUCUUGAUAUUAGAACCGCAAUUAGAAACUCUACUGGUCCAAGACCAUCCUUGUUUGUUCCAGAAUUAGCAUUUGAUUUAUUGGUCAAGCCACAAAUUAAAUUAUUACAAGAUCCAAGUCGUCAUUGUGUUGAAUUGGUUUAUGAAGAAUUAAUGAAGAUUGUUCACAAUGUUUGUUCAAGUGCAAUCAUUGGCCCUGAAUUGACUAGAUAUCCUAAAUUGCAAAGUAAAUUAAUUGAAGUUGUCAGUGAUUUAUUAAGAGAACGUCUUGGUCCAACCAUAAAAUACGUUGAAUCCUUGAUUGAAAUUCACCGAGCAUAUAUCAACACCAAUCAUCCAAGUUUCUUGGGUGCUGCCAAAGCCAUGAGUAUUGUUGUUUCUGAACGUCAAAAGCAAAAACAAUUGGAACUGGAUAGUAAAUUAAGAUUGGCCAGUGAACGUAUUUUAUCCAAGAACAUAAAACAGUCUGGUUCUGAUGAUGAAGAAGAAGAAGAACUGGAUGAACCUACUGAUAUCAACCAAGAAAUAAAAUCGGUAGAUGAUGUUAUCCCUUCUAAACAUAAACAUAAGAAAUCAGUCAAAGAAUUCACUCCUCCUGUCAAUAGCAAUAAUCCUGAUUCAUAUUUAAACUACUUUUUAGGGAAAGAUCCAAUUGUCCACCAACAACAUUUACAACAACAAGCUCAAUUACAUCCUGUCCCAUUCAAGUAUCCUGUUCACCAAGAACAAGUCUUGCAAUUCAACACCAAUUAUAUCCCAUCUCAUAACAGUGAGUUUAAUUCUAAUCAAUUAUCACCUGAUUCCCACCUUUCUGACCAAUUCAAUUCCAAAAUGGUUAUGUCUGAUUCAAUCGACGACGGUUCAUUUACCAGUGAUGAAACCAUUAAUGAAUUAACUGAACGGGAACAAUUAGAGUGUGAGUUAAUUAGAAGAUUGAUUAUUUCUUAUUUUGGGAUUGUGAGAGAAAUGAUUCAAGAUCAAGUUCCUAAAUCAAUCAUGUGUCUUUUAGUCAAUUACAUUAAACAGCACAUCCAAAAUAGAUUGGUUGUUAAAUUAUAUAAUGAUAAUUUAUUUGAUGAAUUAUUGAAAGAGGAUGAAGCCAUUCAAGCUGAACGUGAGAAAUGCUUGGAAUUAUUGAAAACCUACAAGGAGGCAUCAAGAAUCAUUAGUGAUGUUGUUUAA